CCUCGCUCGGCGUCCGGCCCUGGAUCGGGGCUCAGGAGGAGGAGGAGGAGCAGCAGGAGCGGGAGGAGGAAGAGGAAGGGAAGGAGGAGAAGCGGGACGGAGUGAAGAGGCGCCGCGAGGAGCCAUGUCCGCGCCCGCCGGGCUGCCGCCGCGGCCCGCCGCCGCCACCGCGUUUUCCCCGGCCGGGCCCGGCGGGUCCCGGGAGGCCGCGGCCCCCGCGGGCGGCGCUCCGCGCUGCCACAACGGCCCUGUGCAGAGUCAGAUGCAGUUUCCCCCUGGCUAUGGCUCACAUCCUCCAAACUACAGUGCGCCUUCAGGACACUAUUCCCAAGUGCCCAAUAAAGCUGCUGCUUCACAUCUGGAUCAUCAGUAUAGAGCCAGUUACUACCCUGGUUACUAUUCAGCACCAGCACAAAACGUUAUGACACCUUCUGUAGGUAGCAAUGUGUUGAAUGCACAGGGACCGCAACAGCUGUACAACAAAACUCCUCCCCAUACUGGGGGGUCAAGUGACGGACCUGUUCAAGGAGCAAUAUCAUCUGCAUCUUACUUACAUAUGAGUGCUCAGCAGUCGUAUUCAGCAUUUGAUAAUCACUACAGCACUUCUGUCAGCUCUUCGGUUGCAUCUCAGGGAUUUCCCCUUAAUUCCGAUCCCUACGCCAUGCCUGUGGUUUCUGGUGCCAUGUAUCCUAAUGUUUCCUAUCCUCCCGUGGCUGCUGGCAGUGCGUAUGGGCAGACAUUUACCUCUCAGAGUCUACCUGCUGUUGGACAGUUCAAAGAGACAAAUGCAUUUUCUAGCCAGAGUACUUCUGUACCUCAUUCACUUCAACAGCAUGUUCCCGUGGGAUACAAUACAACAUUAUCAACUAUUUCAUCUGCCCAGUCUGUUCAAGACAACCUCUGCAGGAAUCUCACUGGAUCCGUUGCUAAAGUAAACAACCAAAUAAAUACAGGUGGCAUUGAUUCUUCACAGCCCGUGCACUCAGUGAGCCAGAAUGUUCCAUUUACCAAGCCUGGGGUUGGAACAUCUGCUUCCUCUGCUGUGGUCUCAUCAGUAAGGUCACCUGCUCCAAGCCUUUCCUCGCAGCCAUCAUCUUCACCAUCUGUUACACAGUCGCCAGAGCUGGCCCUUCAGGAAGGCAUGCAGUAUGGUGGAUAUGUUAAUAAUCAAGCUAGCUCUGCACCAGCUCCCUUGUCAUCAAGUUCAGAUGAUGAGGAAGAGGAUGAGGAGGAUGAGGAAGCAGCACUUGAUAGUUCCUCUACUACAAGCAGUGCCUCUCCUGUUUUGAACAAUUAUGAUGCCCUGGAAGGAGGUGGCUAUCCAGAUACACGUUCUGUGACCAGCAGCCCAGUUCCUGCUCCAUCAGUCCCACAAACAUCAAAAGCUUCAAAGCCCUUUGGUUAUGGAUAUCCAGCACUGCAGCCUGGCUACCAAAAUGCAACACCACCUACUCCUGUGCAGCCCAGUAAUCCAGGACACCAUCCUGGUUUCCAACACUAUCCACAGCAAUAUCCGGGUGUGAACCAACUGUCCUCUUCCUUAGGAGGGUUAAGUCUACAGCAUUCUCAGCAACCAGAAAGCUUGAGACCAGUAAACCUUACACAUGAUAGAAAUAUUUUGCCAGUGUCUUCAGUUCCAGCACCUGUGCCUAACUUGAAUUCUGAUCUUAGGAAAUUAAACUGCAGUCCAGACUCAUUUCGAUGUACAUUGACAAAUAUUCCACAGACACAGGCUUUGUUAAACAAAGCUAAGCUUCCUUUGGGUUUGUUGCUGCAUCCUUUCAGGGACCUAACGCAAUUACCAGUAAUAACAUCAAGCACAAUAGUAAGAUGCAGAUCCUGCAGGACAUACAUCAACCCUUUUGUUUCUUUCAUUGAUCAAAGGAGGUGGAAAUGCAAUCUGUGCUAUAGAGUUAAUGAUGUACCUGAAGAAUUUAUGUAUAAUCCUCUGACACGGUCUUAUGGAGAACCUCAUAAACGGCCAGAGGUGCAAAAUUCUACAGUGGAAUUCAUUGCUUCCUCAGACUAUAUGCUUCGUCCUCCUCAGCCUGCGGUAUAUUUAUUUGUUUUAGAUGUGUCUCAUAAUGCAGUGGAGGCUGGAUAUUUGACAAUAGUCUGCCAGUCAUUGCUGGAAAACCUAGACAAGCUGCCUGGAGACUCAAGAACAAGAAUAGGGUUCAUAACGUUUGACAGCACUGUUCAGUUUUACAACUUGCAAGAAGGUUUAUCUCAGCCUCAGAUGCUGAUUGUCUCAGAUAUUGAUGAUAUUUUCCUGCCUACACCAGAUAGUUUACUUGUAAAUCUCCAUGAAAGCAAAGAGCUGAUAAAAGAUCUAUUGAAUGCGUUACCAAAUAUGUUCACCAAUACAAGAGAAACACACAGUGCAUUGGGCCCUGCUCUUCAGGCUGCAUUUAAACUGAUGUCUCCAACGGGUGGUCGGAUAUCUGUCUUUCAAACUCAGUUACCAUCCUUGGGAGCGGGGCUUUUGCAUUCCAGAGAAGAUCCCAAUCAAAGGUCAAGCACAAAGGUGGUCCAGCAUCUUGGUCCAGCAACAGACUUUUAUAAGAAGUUGGCACUGGACUGUUCAGGCCAGCAGACUGCUGUGGAUUUAUUUCUCUUAAGUUCACAAUAUUCUGAUCUAGCUUCUCUUGCUUGCAUGUCCAAGUAUUCUGCUGGAUGCAUCUAUUACUAUCCAUCUUUCCACCGUACCCAUAAUCCUGCUCAGGCCGAAAAGUUGCAAAAAGACCUGAAAAGAUACCUUACAAGAAAGAUCGGAUUUGAAGCAGUUAUGCGCAUAAGAUGCACAAAAGGUCUUUCAAUACACACUUUCCAUGGGAACUUUUUUGUACGAUCUACUGAUUUGUUGUCCCUUGCUAAUGUCAAUCCUGAUGCUGGAUUUGCAGUACAAAUGUCCAUCGAGGAGAGUCUGACUGACACAUCUUUGGUUUGUUUUCAAACAGCUCUUUUGUAUACUUCCAGCAAAGGUGAACGUCGCAUUCGAGUGCACACACUUUGCUUGCCCGUAGUAAGUUCGCUGGCUGAUGUAUAUGCAGGAGCAGAUGUGCAAGCAGUUGUCUGCCUCUUAGCCAACAUGGCUGUGGAUCGCUCAGUUUCAUCUAGUCUUGCAGAUGCAAGAGAUGCCUUAGUUAAUGCCGUGGUAGACUCCUUGGCAGCAUACAUGUCAACUGCCUCAAAUCUGCAGCAAUCCAUGCUGAUAGCACCAAAUUCCCUCAAGCUGUUUCCACUCUAUAUUUUGGCUCUUCUCAAACAGAAAGCAUUCAGGACAGGCACGAGCACACGUUUGGAUGAUCGUGUAUAUGCAAUGUGCCAGAUGAAGAGCCAGCCUCUAGUUCAUUUGAUGAAAAUGAUACAUCCCAACUUGUACAGAAUAGACAAGUUGACUGAUGAGAGUACAAUACAUGUAAAUGACAGAGUUGUUCCUCAGCCACCUCUUCAGAAGUUGUCUGCAGAGAAGUUGACAAGAGAAGGAGCUUUUCUUAUGGAUUGUGGUUCAAUAUUUUACAUUUGGAUUGGAAAAAACUGCGAUAACAACUUCAUAAAAGAUGUCCUUGGAUACCCAAACUAUGCAUCAGUACCACAGAAAAUGACGCAGCUUCCUGAGGUAGAUGCUCUUUCUUCAGAAAGGACGCGAUCUUUUAUAUCUUGGCUUAGAGACAGUAGACCUUUAAGUCCAGUUCUUCAAGUAAUAAAAGAUGAGAACCCUGCCAAAACAGAUUUUUUUCAGCAUUUAAUUGAGGAUCGGACAGAAGCAGCUUUCUCGUAUUACGAGUUCUUACUUAAUAUUCAACAGCAGGUUUGUAAGUGACCAAGGAAUAAAUAGAAGAAAAAUUCUGACUUCAGACAGAAGCAUGGGCUGAGAGAAGCAUAUGGGAAGUUACAGAAGUGGAUGCUUGUUCUUCACAAUAUACAGUGACAGCACUGUUUUGGAAGCUUUACAGCUAAAGAAGUAUACAUUUCCAAAAGAAUUUUGCAGAUUUACUUCAGUCUCAAAGUGCUAGGAGUGAUGAAGCUGUUUCACUAGUAAACUUUAAAAUUGGUUUGUACACGUAUCCAGUUGUGCAGCGGUAUGGUGCUCUGUUUAUUGCAAGCUGGUGAGUUUAUGUAGCUAUGUGGGAUGAUAUUUCUUAACAAAAUGUACAAUUAGGUAAAGCCUUUUUUCUUACAUUUAUUAUAGUAGCCCUUCCAGAUCCAAAUCCUUAACAGAGAUGUCAAAGGGCAGUGGUGUAUGUUGGUUGUUUAUAUGAAUUUCUUUUUAAGAGGAAUGAUUCAUAUUUACUAAAGACUUCAGCAAAUUCCCUGUGAAAGUUGUAGAGUUUCAGUAAAGUAAAUCAAUUGUAGAAAUAAAAUAUAUAAUGUACAUAAGUAUUACAUUUGUAAAGAAAAUGUAAAAAAUGUAACUAAAAAAAAAAGACUUAGCUCAGUGUGCAGAAUUGUUGAGUGCUCGAUGAUGAUGAGUUGUUUUGUCCCAGGCUAGACAAUGAAGUUGACUAUUAAAACAUGCUAAAAAAAAAUGUAUCAAUGUAGAAGGAAUACAGCUGCUUCUUCUGUUAAUUUUAGGUCAAUUUAUUUAUGAUUGGCUUACUAAUUAAAAAUAUUUUGCUUUAUCAUGUGGUUUUAUAUUUAUGUAAGUAUAAUCAUUUUGCAACUAAACUCUUUCCGAAAUGAAUAUUGAAGAGAACAUGUUUACCACUUUAUUUCACAGAUUGGUGGAAGGGAGGAGAAAACACUGCAUAAUCUGAAAUGAGCUUUUAAUACAAAAUUCCUAAACCUCUUCUUAUGUAUUAUUCCAAAGAAGGCAUAUCUGUUAACCUUGUUUUAUGUUCUGUAACUACUUGUAGUCUUGGUCGAGGUUUCUGUAAACUUGUGUUGUCUGCCCUUUAGAGUAACCGUGGGUAAUCACUCACACUUGUUCGUUUGAAUUCUGCUGUGAUCUAAAGAGAAAGAAGAGGGGAUGUAAAAAUUAAUUACCUUACAUCAGUGAAAGUAAAGGCUUUAAAAUGACAAAGUUCAAAGUGUAAUCACGCUUGCAUAUUUCAGAAACCUUGUUCUUGCUAAUGUUUUGGUAACUCAAUGGUUUGGGCUUUUUAAUAGAUUUAUGUCAGAUUUUUUAAUUUGGUUGUUAAGUUGGGAUGGUUUUGUUAGGUUGCUUGUUGGUUUUGUUUUGUUUGUUUUUUUAGAGACACAAUAGAAUUAAUGCAUAAAGCACAAUCACUCAUACUUAGUAUUCUGAACUUUAUCUGUUUGGUUUAAUGAAAUGUGACUACAAUUAAAUAAUUAAGUACAAAAAAGUAAAUUAUGAUUAGUAUGAUUACAUUUUAAUUUAAUGUAGCCUUGAAGAUGCUAACAUUAUGUUUUAAGUGCUAUAGCCCCUGAAUCAAAUAGUCAAGGAGAAAAUGUACUAGCUAUGGUUUGCAAAUGCUUUAAAAGCUACAAUAAUUAAAUUCUGCAAGUAGUGUUAUUCUGCAUGUUAGCACAAACUCACUGUUUUGAGAAGAUACCUUAUAAGUUAUAUUUGUGUGCUGUCCUUUACUAAAUGUGUUUAAGUUACCCAAAGAUUACAAAAGAGAAACUUUCCAUUUAGUAGAUUAAUAUUGUGUAAUAAAUGUCUGCGGCAAUGCUGAAUGUGGUCCCUAAAUCAGACCUUUAGGAUUUCAGUGCUUGUUUGUAGAUUAAUUUGCAUUGGGUGAAAGCUAAGUGCUACUGCUGAACAGUGGGGCAUCUUAAAAAUCAUUUGUAUUUGCAAAGACAAGAAGGGCAUGUUACAACUUUAAAUGCUCCGUGAUAGAUGCUUCUGAUUUGUGAGUUUGGUAUUGAUAUCUGGGAACACAGUAUGCCAUGAUUAAUUGCAACAUAUUCUGUAAAAUCAUUUCCUAAAGCUUUAUUCUUCUAUGGGGUUUUGUAUAUAAAAAUUAUGAAAAGUACAUCUUGAGAGCUAUUUGUUCAGUAAAAUUAUUACACAGCACAGAGAAUAUAGGUUUUUUUAUUAUUAAUUAUAGAGCAUACCUCCAUUGUGACUGAUGUUUGGUUUAAAUUUUAAAAAGACAGUCUCAUGGAAAUAUCUUGAUUUUGAAACAUCUCAGAAUUCAGGGUACUGAUUUUAGUGUUUUGAUCAAUAGAAUAUCUGUAGGCACGGCAAGAAUACCUCUCUGAGGAGGGCCUGGGGGUCGUGGUGGGCAACCAGCUGUCCACAGUCCAGUGUGCCCUUGUGGCCAAGAAGGCCAGUGGUAUCCUGGGGUGCAUUAGGAAGAGCAUUGCCAGCAGGACAUGGGAAGUGAUCCUGCCCCUCUACUCAGCCCUAGUGAGGCUGCAUCUGCAGUGCUGUGUCCAAUGCUGGGCUCCUCAGUAAAAGACAUGGAGCUCCUGGAAUGGUUCUGGUGCAGAGAUAGAAAGAUGAUGAAGGGACUGGAGCAUCUCUCUUAUGAGGAAAGGCUGAGGGAGCUGGGCCUGUUCAGCCUGGAGAAGAGAUGACAGAGGGGACCCUGUCAACGUCUAUAAGUAUCUGAAGGGAGGGAGGAUGGAGGAUGGUGCCAACUCUUCUCGGUGGUGCCAAGCAAUAGGACAAGAGGCAGUGGGUAAAAACUGAUGCCCAGGAAGUUCCACCUGAAUAUGAGGAAGAACUUCUUUACUACGUGGGUGAGCACGCACUGGAGCAAAUUGCCUAAAGAGGUUGGGGAGUCUCCCUCACUGAAGAUACCCAAGAACCAUCUGGAUGCAAUCCUGUGGUAUGUGUUCUAGGAUGACCCUGCUUGAGCAGGGAGGUGGGACCACAAGAGCCCACCAUUUGGUCCCCCCUAACCCUAAAUUCUUUUUGAUCUAAAAGACACUUUUGCUUACAAUGGCUUGGAUCACAGCACUGUACCACAAGAUGCACAUCAAAAGAUUAAUUCCUACCAAGGGAUGUACUGUGAAGCUCAAUAAGCUUAUUGCCUACUGAGUAAGGUUUUGGAGAAAAGAGGCAUGCUUUCAUAUCAGCUUAAAUAAAGUGCUGAACUGUCCAAGAUAGCUCUCUAGCCAUUUUAGGGAUUAAACUACUCCCCAAACACCUUCCACACUGCAAAUAUAAAUCGUGCUUAUUUGCCAGGGAAGAUGUUCCCCAGCCCCAGCUAAGUUCAGAUUCUCAGUAUUUUAAAUACUGACACUGGGUGUCCCUUUUUUAUAUCUUAGUUCUAAAAGCAACAUCUUGUACCUCUUUUACCAACUAAGUAGUAUGGAAGUUCCUGUGGGAGAAAUUAAGAGCCUAGAAAGCUCUUACAAUGGUAGGACACAUGAUGCAGCUCUCCAAGAGUUAUUGAUCUUGAUUCUUUAUUUUGUUCUUAAGCUUAUUAGAUAUAAACCCAUUUAUUAAUCCUGCUGUAGAGCUACCUGGCAAUGGAGAAAAGAUGACCAGGUGCAAGUAAUUGUGUUUGGCUUUGGUUUUCUGUACUUUUGGUCACGUACUGAAAAGACGGUUUUGUCACAGCUAGUGUUUGUAGAAAGCAAAGAUCAGUUGUUAGUAAUCCUGAGAGUCAAGAGCCUUUCAGUAAUUUUAAAUGUGGAGUCAUGAUUUUUCAGGCCAAGUAGAUUCUUAAGAAUUUGAUGCUAAAGUUACAAUGUAUGGAACACAAGUGGGUUAAUGAGAAAAUAAUUGCAACUUCAGUCAGUGAUUUCUGUAGUUAGAAGUAUUAUAUAAGAGUCUGGAAAGAUCUCAUGUUGAUUUCAGUUUUGGAGUAUCUUUUGUCCCAGUGCUGUAUUCUGAUAGUGGGCAGGAUAUAACCCUGCAAAAGCACCAUUUUCAGUGAUGGGGAGUGUGGAGGUUUGAGGCUGAAAGUGGCAAUGAAUAUAUGUGUCAGCUACUAUGUAAAAUUACUUGAGUGACUUCUUGCUUAAAGGCAGUUAUUUGGAUUUCAAUGCAUGUUAAAUAUAUAUAAUAUUUUCUGGUAAUUUGUUCUGAAAAAUGGUGGAGGAAUGUUUACAUAUACUGUUGCUUCUCAGAUUUUCAUAAAGGAGGUAGGAUUUAAUUAGAAUCACAAACAUCUCUGAGUUUUAGCAUAGCAGUAUUUUUGGUACAGUUGUAUUGGUAAUUUUAAAAGGGGAAUGGAGAGACUGUAAUGAUUUAUUUCUUUACCUGUCAGCCUCUAGAAUUAAAAAAAGAAAACCUAGCACGUCUUUACUUAAACUGAUGUUAUGUAAUAUUCAAAUGCAGGAAUCUGGAAAAGUGUGCUUACAACUAUUGCAAAGAACUGGGAUUGAAGUCUCUCUUGAGAACAUUUUGUUUUUCCUUACAAGUUACUGGUGAUGCCUUUUCAUGAAAAAUCCAAAGGCAUUCUACUUAUUUGAGUGUAGCAAGAGAAUUCUCACAGGAUUAGUGUUGUGUAAAAGACUAGCACCAAAGCAAUGAAAAUUCAAAUAACUACAUAAUAGAUCAUUCUUCAGUUUAUGCCUCAGUCAUAAAUUCUUACUGUCUUCCUGUUGCAGGAAGACAGUUUUCCUUUACAAUUUUGAUAACUAGAAAAAAAAUCAAAUACUUCACAGAAUUUCUUCUUAUUUUCCUUUGAGGGUCCUUAGAAAAAGUGAUGGAGCUGCCUAAUUAGGAGUAUCAGUCAUACACAAGAUUUUAGCAGGUGCACACUACAGAAGAUAAAUAGAGAAGCUGGCAGAACUCCUGGAAAUUUUUCACAACCUUUCUCAAAGGAGAAAGAGUUUUAAUCCUUUUUCUUGCACCUGUUCACCUUUAUUCUUAUCUGGUUUAUAUUUUCUUAAAGCUACCUGUGAGGGUUUUAUUUGAUUUUUCAAAUGUUAAGAGAAGCCUACCCUAGAGGAUCUCAAAUUACACCCUUAAUCAUGUUACCAUUCAAAGAAAAGUGAGAAUUUUACACAGGUCGGGAGUGUUGGAAGGAAGUACUGUCUGGCUAGCAAUUAGUAUAAUAUUACUUUUCUUGUGUUUAUCACUCAGAGUAGAAAGCCUCUGCUUGCAAGACACUGAGGCUUUGUGAGAUUCUUGAGUGAAGUCCUUAUUGGCAUAAGAAUCCUCAAGCAUGAGAAAGAGUUGGUGAUAAUUAACUGUCUUGGUAAUCUGUUAGCCAUAGGCAAUACUAUUCCUAUAUUAUUUGAAAAUAUGUUUUAAAAUUAACAAAAUAUUUUGAUGUUAGAAAAUCAUUUGGGGAGGGAAAGUAACAUUUAGGAGAAUAGCUCCUAUUGUUAAUAGCUUCUGUAGAUACGAUGCUUUCGUAUAUUUCUGUGGGCUGUAAAUCUCAGCUUUUAUGAAUAUAAAAUGUUACUAGAAGUUACCUAAUGACCUAAUGCAGAAGCAAAGAAAAAAAGUAAAAAAUUUAGCAGUCACCUGUAGCUAAGGAAUUCUUUCUACUCUUCUCUUUCUUUUUAGCGGCUGAGUACAAUGCCUUCAUUAUCUGAAAUAAAGCUUAGGAGAAGCCAGGACUAAAAGUAAAACUAGAAUCACUGGUAUAUGUGCUGGAUAUCUUCAUCCAGCUUGCUGAGCAUGUGCAGAGCUUCAGAAAGAUUGGUGUUUUGACUGUCUAUCAAGUUUAGCAAUUUCUUGCAAUAUGGCUGUAUUUCUAAGUGCCUUACAUGUUUAUUCAAAAUAAAAAGCCAUUUGAGUUUCCAAAGUUUCCCUUUUCCCUCAUCCAAGCUAUUAUUUCUAAUUAUCAAAGCUAUUUACACAAACAAGUAAUUUAUUCUUGGAGAGCGAGCGUGAAAUCUUUCAGCCUUCCAAACACGUUUUGAAACUUUUAAGUUCCUGGAAAAAGAGUGGAAACUGCCUCUGCAGCCAUGACUGGCAUCUCUAGCAGUGCACAUGGAUUGGUUCUGCAGGAGGAACACAGCCACUCAGAAAAGCAGCACACAAAGGCUCUGUCAGCUGCUCCAUCACCAUCAAACCACAGCUGGAUCAUCGAGCAGAGUUGCCCGUUCACCUUCUCUGACAUCCUGUCUCCUUUAAGAGUGACUGGUAUCCAAUUAUCGGGGUGAAACAUGAGAAAGCUCUAGUGUGUGAGUUAUCCUAUCCCGAGUCGCGUCUCUACCUGACUUAUUUAGAGAUCAGCUUGCUGUGUAAAACCCUGUCAGCAUUUUUGUUACUUGGAAUAAGUGAGUAUUGGUGACCAUAUAUUGAAUGAUUUCUUCUAAUGAAAGGUUUUGCGAUCUAACUA